CCUUGACCGCGGCACAAGUUUGUAACGCUAUCUUCUAGUUUCACCUUCCUUGGGGCUUAGAGAGAGAGAGAGAGCUCCUCCUGUGACGCUAUUCGCUCAGGUCCCUUCAAGGUUGCUGAGCCACACAGCGGAGCCCCAUCAGGUCCACCCCAGUCUUCAGCCUCGCGGACAUACAUAUAUCUCCUGGGCAGCAAUGGGCAGUAGGCAUCCAACCUGAUAAUUCCAAUUCAAUUCCUCCAUACAUUGUGGGGUGCAAUUUACUUCAGCUCCACGCACCUUGGCCGAUAGACGCGACUAAGACAUGGGCAGAGCACGAAAGCGCGAUUCUAGCGUCCCUAUGCUCCUUAUUAUACUUCUUAUGAUACUUAGGUUCGUACUCUUCGCACCAAGUGGAUAUUACCGGGCAAUCGCAAAAAACCAUGACAGAGUCAUCCAGCGUCAUAUCGAGCUUCACAAUGGUACCUACAGCAUGGCCAUCACCACUGGAGAGAAAAUAGCAGGCAAAUGGGCCUCCAUCGCUUUCUUCUGGAACAUCGCCCUAUGGGUACCUAGCUUGGUGUUCUUCCCACCCCUAAAUGCCCCGUUUAUGGUAAUGGACUCGGUAAUUACUGGUUACCUGAGUAGAGCGACGAGCUAUCAGACCAGCUACAGUCCGCAUAACAAGCGCCUCUGCAAUCCGGAUCAUAAUCCCAAUUUCCACGACUUGCUGCGACCGGCCGGAGUAAAUGAGAGUUUCUUCGAAGCUGCAUCAAGGCUCAAUUCGACUGUCACGACGCCGAAGCAGAUGUGUGAGAGUUUUGUGCAGGAGUGGCAGUAUGGUAUUACUCUAUCCUUCUUCUUCGCACUCAUCUCCCUCCUCAAUAUUACUGCAUUCCUCUGCGCCAUAAAGCAAGCCACGAUUGAGGGAAAAACUUUCUAUCAGAAGUUUCUCACACUCUAUUCACCUAUCUACAGGGUCCUCAGGUACGUACCUACAGCGCUAUUGAUGCUAGUGACCGGCAUCUUGUACGGCCUGCCCGAGUGUAUUCUUAGAUGCUUGCCUGCAUGCAUCAGAAGACCGAUGCGACAUGGCCGGCGUUAUGCCUUAAAAGCCGGACUAGGCGUUGGACAAAAGAUGGAAAUGCAAAUGACUGAGCUCAAGACGGAGUUCAUGCAUGCAAGAGGCCCAGAAAUAAACAAGGCCAGGUACACAGGAGGUGGCGGGAAGCAGAGCCCACUGUCCGAGUUUCUGAGCAUCUACGACUUGUUGAUGCUCGUCGCCGAGCAACUACACUAUCUCGACGUCGUCAAUCUGAGCCGAGUAUCCAAAAGCGUGCGCGAAUCCGUCCUCCCAGCGCACGACUUUGACCGCCGCAUGCACGUCUUCAGAACGUACACCUGCGAGCCCUCAGAAAAGUCGACCUGCUGGACUUGCAGCAACCAAAUAUGCUCGUCAGAGGAUUGCGCACAGCCACAACUCAUCCCCCAAACCACAUUACUACACCACCUCGACUGUUGCAAACCCUACUGUACAUCUUGCUACAAAGCCCAUCUUCUCAGAAGUCCCAAGAGCAGCCGCGGUGAACCUUAUUGCCGCUGCGCACCCGUGCCUGCCAACCCGAAUCUGUACCUGCGCCUCUUGAACGGUACUACAUACUAUGUGAACCAGCAGACCAAGUUACCCCGGGUUAUGCGACCCGUUUGCAGAGAGUGUAACCUCCACGGCGAUGUCAAGUUGCUGAAAAUCGGAGAAAAAAGAGCCAAACUACAACUCAAGCAGGGCUUGCAAGAGACGGGGAAGGAGUGGACGAUGUGUGCGCGGGUAGGGUGCGGGGGGAGCCUAGGCAUAGGGCCGAGGUGGUGGAUUUGCAGUAAAAGCUGGUGUGGGAAGGAGUGCAAGAGUUUGUUGCAUGGGGCGUGGGGACGGACAAGAGAAGAGGGAGGAAAGGAUGGUGCGGUUGUUGUGGGUGAGCAGGCUGUUUGACGCCUCGUCUCAUCGGAGAUAUGUACAAAGGUAUAGACCAUCCGCGUGACAAAGUAAACCCGCCACACCAUAACUCCUAUCCCCAUCGGCCAUUCAAAUUCCACAAGCCUC